CCGCGUGGCUAGGGAGGAAUCAGCUGAGCGGCGCUCGCACACGCCGUGGGUUUUUUUCUUUCUUUUUUCUUUAAAACAGCUGCACGUUAACGGCGUUUCUGCACGCACACAGUGACAGUGGCAUUGCUCAUAACUCCGGGCUUCACCGCAACUGCGCUCUUUUUCAGGUGAAUGUGUGGCACCAAGAGCCUUGGAAGAGCAUGGCAGUUGCUGAAUGCCCAGACUAUUUUGUGCUUCACCCGAAUUACCAGGACAAUGUUGACCACACAUCAUCUCGUGGAUCAGCCAGUCUUAUUCACUUUCAGCAGCCAUCUAAUCCAAGCUCUCCUAAUCACCCAGACGACGAUGUCGAUCUAGAGGCUUUGGUGAAUGACAUGACCUCCCUGUCACCCUAUGAGGGCUUAUACUCUUUUAAGACGCAGCACUCGGACACCGUCCCUCUCCUGCACAAUGGCCAAGACCCAGAUGUCCAGUUUAACAGGAUCACUCUGCCACCCUACCCGUCAAAUAGCCGAGCGAAGGCUGGCCAUUCAUCUGCACAGAAAGCCUGCCGCUCGCAACCUGUCCACAUCCUGGCUGUUAGGAGGCUACAGCAGGAGGAGCAGCUGGUUCGCCCUUCAUCUCUGCCAGCCAUUCCCAACCCGUUUCCUGAGUUAUGCAGCCCUACAGGUUCCCCAAUACUCAGCACUGUUUCGAUGCCACAGCCAUCAGAUGUGCAAAUCAUCAAGGUCUUUAGUGAAGAUGGUGUUGGGAAGGUGGUGGAAGUUCCUGCUCAUAUGACAGCCAGGGAUGUGUGUCAGCUCCUGGUUUAUAAGAGUCACUGCCUGGAUGACAACUGCUGGACUUUAGUAGAGCAUCAUCCAUUGCUUGGACUAGAGAGGUGUUUGGAGGACCAUGAACUGGUGUUUCAGGUGCAGGCCUGCAUGUCUCCAGAGAGCAAGUUUCUCUUCAGGAAGAACUAUGCUAAGUACGAGUUCUUCAAAAACCCACUGAAUUUCUUCCCAGAAAAUAUGGUGGCAUGGUGUCAAGAGUCCAAUGGCACAAUCCCACCAUCUCAGCUUCUGCAGAAUUUCUUGAAUUCCAGCCGCUGCCCUGAGAUCCAGGGCUUUCUUUACAUGAAGGAGACGGGGCGCAAGUCCUGGAAGAAGCUUUACAUGUUCCUGCGCCGCUCUGGCCUCUACUACUCCACUAAAGGAAUGUCCAAGGAGCCCAGGCAUCUGCAGUUGCUGUCAGAUUUGGAAGAGAACAGUGUGUUCACCAUGACGACAGGGAAGAAAGUGCACAACGCUCCCACAGACUACCAGUUCUGCAUUAAGCCUACUAAAGGCACAACAGAGUUGAAGGAUCUGAAGAUGCUCUGUGCUGAGGAUGAGCAGAGCCGAACCUGCUGGAUGACUGGCUUCAGAGUGUUUAAGUAUGGAAUUCUGCUCUAUCAGAACUACAAGAUCCCCCACCAAUCAGCAGUCUCCAACUUCACAACACCAGUGAGGAGUGUGUCAGAGAACUCUCUAGUUGCCAUGGAUUUCUCAGGAAGGACAGGCCGUGUGAUUGACAACCCUGUGGAAGCAAUGAGUGCAGCGAUGGAGGAGGGACACACUUGGAGAAAACGAAGUCAGCGAAUGAAUGUAACAGGCAACCCUAGUUCUCCGCAUCCAUCCUCUUUAAAUUCAGUGAUCCACCGAACACAGCUGUGGUUCCACGGCCGCAUCAUGAGAGAGGAAUCCCACCGUAUGAUGAUGCAGCAGGGUCAGGUGGAUGGGUUGUUUCUUUUGCGGGAUAGUCAGAGCAACCCAAAGGCUUUUGUUCUUACUCUGUGCCAUCACCAGAAGAUCAGACACUUCCAGAUCUUGCCUUAUGAAGAGGAUGGUCAAAUCUUCUUCAGCCUUGACGAUGGUUCCACCAAGUUCACAGACCUGAUCCACCUUGUAGAAUUCUACCAACUUAACAGAGGAGUCCUACCCUGCAAACUCAAACACCCCUGCACCAUGGUGGCCUUAUGACCCUCCUCAUACACCUUGGAUCAAACUGACGCUACAUUCUUGCACCCGUGGCUGAGAACAAAGCAAAAGACCAACCCAUUGUCCCUCUUCUUUGAUAAGCUGACACUUUUGACGUGUCAGACAUGAAGAACAUUUUCUGAUUCUUUUAUACCUUGCCUCUAGGAUGGUUACAGAACCGGCUGUUGUCCAGUUAAUAUAACACUGCCAAUUUAUUUCUCAUUUUCCAAGCCAGUUAGUCACUUCAAGAUUUCAUCCAAAAGAAGACCUUGAUGUCAUUAGGCAGAAGUUAUUCUCUCGAUUCAUCAGAAUAUUACAUCUUUUCUUUUGCUUAUGCCUUGAUAAUCUUACUUGAUAAUCUUUGAUUGGUAUUUGUGGGAUUGCUGAUGAUUUCAUACCUAGUAUUUUGCACUUUCAGGCUGAAAACGGGUGGCCCACUUUAUCAUUAAAAUGCCCCUGUCCUCAUUUUAUUCCCCCUCCUUUUCCUGGCUUCAUGGUGAGUAAACCUCAGUGGGGAAUUCCUGUGUGGUAAUUGGAUUACUUUGCAAGACAGACUUUCACUGAACCCUGUCGGAGCUUCCUAUUGACAAAAUUACAGCUGACGGCUGAUGCACCCAAUUAUAGAUCGGCAGAACUGAAAUACUGCUUAUCAUCUCAUCUUGUGCAGUGGAUCUGCUCGGUCUUCAUCAUGUCCUUUUUGCCUUAGAGACCUGAGCACACUGGGAUAAAGCUGUGUUACAUUCUGUCAAUCUGGAGACAGAGACAUUCCAAAGGGAAGUUCCACAUGUUGUACAUCUGGCCAGAUAAGGCAUUUAAAUCAUGCAUCUUUUUAAAUAUAUUGGGGGACAAAAAAGUCACUUUUAAUUGAAGUGCAAUAUUUUUUAAGUACAGUCUAUGGUGGAGUUAAGGAAACUUGACCCAGGCCCUGCGUGGCCACCUUAAAAACUUGACCCAUGCUAAAGUUGCUGAUGUUGACUACCCAGUGCACAAUCACUGACUAACUGAUUAGCUCUUUCUGACUAUGUAGCAAUUUUUUUUAUUAUUGUUAUUAUUUUUAUUAUUAUUUUUACAAAAUCCUGUAUAGUUAUGAAUAAGAAUAACCUUUACAUCAUUUUUGCUGUCCUUGAGCCACAUGAACAUAUGAAAAGUGUUACAAGGCCCCAUUUGUAGCUUGAAUUGACAUGUGAUCUGAUUCGUUAUAAACCACCUUUAAAUAAAUGAGUGUAAAUGCACACAGAAUGUUUUAUGAUCAGUCAGACCUGGGCUGUCAAUAGUCUGACCGUGCAGACUCCCUCUUCAACACAUUGCAAUUCUUCCUUUCACCUGAUGGUGGCAGUAGACUGCAAAUGCCUCCAAUAUCAAGAGAGGGUUGUUAUUUAAAAUCAUGAGACAUUUUAAAACAAAUCAUAUGGAUGAGAGGGCAGAAAAUGUGAAGCAGAUGGAAUCGAUCCUGGGAAAAGCAUCUUUUUGUCAGAGAACAGUUCUCGAGCUAAUCCGUGGUGCCUUUGGAAUGGAAAGCACAGAAUAUUUUUUCUGAAUCAAUUCAAUCAAGUCAAUUACUUUUUUUUUUCCUGGAAAGAAACACACGGUUAUGAUCAUUCUGUCCUCUCAGAACUACCAACAGUCAGCUGGGCUGGCCCACCUAAUCAAAGUUUGAUUUUUUUUAAGCCAAAGGGAAAAAUAUCAGAAAAUAACAGCAUGAUUUAUAUUUUCUGAUUGGGAGGGCAACCUAGAACCUGUCUGAAGCAAAGCCCUGUCCCUGCUGCACAGAAUAGUUUUAUCACUGAUUGCUGGAGGAUGACACCAAUUAUAUUAGUGUGGGCUGGUACAAAUAACAGGUGGGCAAUUAUUCCAUUAAAUCUCUAUUCUGUAUUGGAGUUACAAAAUACUAUUUUGGUGAUCUGUUCUCGGGAAUCCCCUUGAUGUGGCCUAAACUGGAAAAAUCCCCCUUUUAGAAAAUUUUGGACACCACUGAGUCAGACCAAAACUAUUUUCAGCAGGUAUAAAUAAAAUCUCUGUAGUCUGUUUGCAUUAUGCAGCCAUUGAUGGGAACUUCUGUCAAAAAAAAAUCCAGCACAAAUAAUUCAGUUGCCAGAAACAAGGCCUGGAGUUGUUUAUGUUGCUGACUUACAGACUGUCAGUGAUGACGCUCUCCUGCUUACUCCAGCGUGUUCACAGCUGGCAACAUUUUCCCUAGCAGACUGGCAUAUUUGCUAAAUUGUGUGUGUGUGUGUGUGUGUGUGUUGUGGUGGGGGAAGGAAAUCUGAUUACAAUGUGUUUAAAUGUGAGCCUGGAUGGUUUAUUAUCCAUACUUUUGUUAAUCUACAUGUUAACGUGAGCUACAAAUGGAGCCAAAAAGAAAAUAUACACAACACUCAAAAAAGAAUGUCCUGAGUAUAAUUAAAAAUCCUCUACAUCUGUGAGGCACAGCUUCACGAGGAGAUCUGCUCCUGUACCUAGUUUUGAUGGACAAGUAGUGCAAGCUUCAGACCUGUGAAUAUGCCACUGUAACAAUGCGGCAGAAUCCUCCAUGUCCUACACUGGCCCAGCAUGACUUAAGCUAUGACCACCUCCUAUACUUUCAUCAAAUUUCAUAAAGCUGACUGUUAAACUGCUGUACACGCAUCUAAUAGAAGGUCGAACGUGAUCGAGAGAUGUACGUUAGUUAGUCCGAUUUUGUAAUACACAGAAACAAAACGUGUUUCUGUGUAUUACAAAAUCAUUGAGUCUGUGUUUAAUCUGUGUCUGGAAAUCCCAAUAUGUUUUUCAUUGGUAAACUUCAAUAAUGUGUUUUAAUUAUACUCAAUUUAGUAUUGUUAAGCAAGUCUGAUUUUGGUGGUUUUACCACAGACCUACAGAGUAGUAAGUACAGUAUAUAAUGUAUGGUGUAGUCACGCCUCAGUCAGUUCAGAUUGAGAUGUGAUCUCUGCAACGGGAGCCUGCAAUGCUAAUAGGGAAAAAAUGUUUAAAAAAUCUUUAAUCAGCCCAAAUACAGCAUGCAGCUGAUCUCCUGAAGGAUGGGCUCUACCUGUGCGCAUUUACAUGAAGUCCAAACAGCUUUAUUAGCAAUAUUUUGUGUGAAGCUUAAGCUCUAGAUCUAACACUGUAUUUACGCUAUCUACAGAUAUGUACAUGGGUUGGGCUACCAAACGAAAUGAAGACUGAAUUGUUAUAUGGAUGUUGUGUACUUUGCAUACUCUCUCUCAGUGAUUUGUAUCAGUGUGCAUAUUCUUAUAUUAUCGGUCCUCAUUUGUAUGUCACAAAAACCUUUUUAUAAAACUAUAUUAUAUUAA